AUGCACUGGAGGAAACAAUCCAAGGUCUAUUCAAACCCACCCAUAAAAAAGACUACAGUAAAUAAACAAAAAACGUUACGUUCAUCGAUGAAAAGUCUAUUGAGUAACAACAAAAAAUUACGAAAAGAAUUUAAAACAUUAAAUAAGUGGCUUAUUGAGAAGGAAAACAAAAGGAAGUUAAAUGCUAUUGAUGAAACUAGACAUGCCGUUUUUAAGAAAGUGAGAAUUUCUUCAAGUGUAGUUAACAUUGGUAAUGUACAUCAUGAACGGGAUUCAGGAAAUGCAUCGGUAAAUCGUGAAUUUGGAAAAGGUGCAACAUUGUUCCAUGGAGAAUAUAAGAUCGAUCCGUCCGAUUUACUUGAAUCUUUUAAAAUCGAGGCACGCAACCAUAAUGCCCAUGUGAUUACACAGCCAAUGGGAAGAUGGAACGAUGAAGAGUUACAAAGGUUGUCUACAUUGGCUUUAAAAGUUAUCGUGUGCCUUGGAGAUAAUGAAUUAUUCGAUCCAUUGAUAAAAAUCAAAAAUGAGUUGAAUGAUAAAUUAACAGAACGAUUGACCUUGACGAUAGAGAACAAAGACGAAGAUCUUGCAGAUCUGGUGGAUUUCGCCUUGGAUAACAUUAAUAAAAUUAAAUCAUCAAAUAAAGAAAAUAUAAAGCAGAUUUUACAAUUGGUCAUGAAUAAAGAUCAUACAUUUUUUAACAUCUGGAAAUGUUUGGCAUUCCGGAAAGAUAAAAGAAUGAUUUUUGAGAAGUUCAUAACCAUGAUGAAUAUACAGUUUGAUAUGGACUUGGAAAUCAAAUGA